UGAGCUGAGCUGAGCUGAGCAAAGCAGUGCAUUGAGAGGAAGACACCACAUUUACGAGGCUAGUUUUGUUUUUUUCUGCAGCCUCCCUCCUCCUCCUCUGUCCAGGUCCACGAUGAGUUGGUCGAGAGGAAUGCAGCACCGGUUUACCUGAGAGCAAGUGGUUGUAUUCUUCUUUUAAACCUCCACCAACUCUGCUGUGACUUCUUUAUUUAUGUAGGUAGAGAAGCACUGCUGUUGGAUACAUCUCCAGCCCGGUGUUUACAUGCUGUAAUUGGAUUUUGCAUCAUUUCCAGCAGCAGCAGUAGUAGUAAUAGUAGCAGCUCCUCCUCCUCUUGUUCCUCUGGAGCUCUUUUUGCCGGCUCGUCCUGGUUGUGUUGGUGCAGAAGAAGAAGAAGAUGGGUCUACCUGCCCUGGAGUUCAGUGACUGCUACCUGGACAGCCCUCAGUUCAGGGACAGACUCAAGUCCCACGAGCUGGAGCUGGACAAGACCAACAAGUUCAUCAAGGAGCUCAUUAAAGAUGGCAAAGCGCUCAUCCAGGCUCUGAAAAGUCUGUCAACAGCCAAGAGGAAGUUUGCCGACUCUCUCAACGAGUUCAAAUUCCAGUGCAUCGGAGACGCAGAGACGGAUGAUGAGAUAUGCAUAGCCAAGUCUCUCCAGGAGUUCGCAGCGGUCCUACAGAACCUGGAAGAUGAGAGGACACGUAUGAUCGAGAACGCCAACGAUGUGCUGAUCAUGCCUCUGGAGCGGUUCAGGAAAGAACAGAUCAGUGCAGCCAAGGAAGCCAAGAAAAAAUAUGACAAAGAGACAGAGAAGUAUUGUGCAGUGAUGGAGAAGCACCUCAGCCUUUCAGCCAGGAAGAAAGAGUCACAUCUACAUGAGGCGGACAACCAGGUAGAUCAUGUACGGCAGCAUUUCUACGAGGUUUCUCUGGAGUACGUCUUCAAGGUGCAGGAAGUCCAAGAGAGGAAGAUGUUUGACUUUGUGGAGCCUCUGUUGGCGUUCCUCCAAGGCCUCUUCACCUACUAUCACCACGGCUAUGAGCUGGCAAAGGACUUCAACCACUUCAAGACUGAUCUCACCAUCAGCAUACAGAAUACGAGGAACCGUUUUGAGAGCACGCGGUCGGAGGUGGAGAUUCUAAUGAGGAAGAUGAAGGAGAAUCCACACGAACACAAGAGUGUCAGCCAGCACACCAUGGAGGGAUACCUGUUUGUGCAGGAGAAGCGCUCAUUUGUGUCUACCUGGGUAAAGUACUACUGUACGUACCAUCGUGAGCCAAAGAGGAUCACCAUGGUCCUGUUUGACCCUAAAUCAGGAGGGAAAACGGGAGAUGAGGAGAACUUCACCCUCAAGUCGUGCACCAGGAGGAAGACGGACUCGAUAGAAAAGAGGUUCUGUUUUGAUGUGGAGGCUGUGGACAGGACGGGAGUAAUCACCAUGCAGGCUCUGUCAGAAGAAGACCGCAGGUUGUGGAUGGAGGCCAUGGAUGGGAGAGAACCGGUAUACAAUCUGAACAGAGACAACCAGGCUGAAGGCAUGGCCCAGCUGGAUGUGAUCGGGUUCAACGUGAUGAAAAAGUUCAUUUAUGCAGUGGAGACUCGAGGUAUCGAUGAUCAGGGCUUGUACAGAAUCGUUGGCGUCAGCUCCAGAGUACAAAAGCUACUGGGCCUCGCUAUGGAUCCAAAGACGUGUGCUGACGUGGAGCUGGAAAACUCAGAGUGGGAGAUCAAGACUAUCACGAGUGCCAUCAAGCACUAUCUCAGAGUGCUGCCCGGGCCCCUCAUGACGUACCAGUACCAGAGGAGCUUCAUCAAAGCUGCCAAGUUGGACAACCAAGAGGCGAGGGUGACAGAGAUCCAUGCCCUGGUGCACCGGCUGCCUGAGAAGAACAGACAGAUGCUGGAGCUGCUGAUGAAACACCUGGCCACUGUGGCCAAUCACCACCAGCAGAACCUGAUGACCAUCGCCAAUCUGGGUGUGGUCUUUGGGCCAACUCUGCUCCGCCCACAGGAGGAGACGGUGGCCGCCAUCAUGGACAUCAAGUUCCAAAACAUUGUAGUAGAGAUCCUCAUAGAGCACCAUGAGAAGAUAUUCGGGGACGUGCCGACUCCUGCAAGCGGUCCGACCAACAUGCCUCUUAACCUGCCCAGGAGGAGAAGCACCGAGAUUAAAGCCCCGUCCUGCAGCGAGAGGCCUCUCACGCUCUUCCACACACCAACGCAUUCCCAGAAAGUUGAAAAGAAGAACAGUGUUGUCAACGCCACAGUUGGCGAGCUGCAGCAGCCGGUUUCCUCUUCCACCAACUGUAACAGCAGCAGCAGUAGCAGCAGCAGCAGCCAAGGUCGAACGCCGAGACACAGCCUGACCAGCAACGACGGAGAGCAGGACAACCGGCAGAUCCGGCCCAGCUCACUGCUGAACCCAAAGAACCGUGGAAGCAUACCAACCAGCGCAAUGUCUCCCAGCCCCACCUCGCCGCGCUCUCCCUCCUGGCCGAUGUUCUCAGCCCCAUCCAGUCCACAGCCGACGUCCUCCGCCUCCAGUGACUCCUCCCCUGUCAGUAUUGCGGGCAGGAAGGCUCGAGCGCUGUAUGCCUGCAAGGCAGAGCAUAACUCCGAGCUGUCCUUCAUCGCUGGGACCAUCUUUGACAACGUUCAUGCCUCCAGGGAGCCCGGUUGGCUGGAAGGGACUCUUGACGGCCGAACAGGAUUGAUACCAGAAAACUAUGUGGAGUUUUUAUAGUCCAGGGCCGAGAAAAAGACUUGAACUGGAUGAUACUGGACUGGAGUUGACCAAACUGGACUGCAGAUUUGACUGCAACAGACUCGUAUGCUAUACUGGACUGGACAAUUUUUUGAUGAGGCCUCUGGACUAGACUGGGAAUUGAAACUGGACCAAGCAGAACCACGUGGACUAGAUAUGACGCAGGGCCGAAGGAGAGACCCAUGAAUUGCACUGGAAAAAAAGGAAAGAAAGAUGAGUGCCACUGUGGUACUGGCUGUUAUUGGUUUUAGCGUGGAUGGGCCUGGUGAAGAUGAUGUGGCAAUGAACCUGGAAUGUGUGUGAGAGUAAACAAAGGGGUUUGGAAAAAAAAUCACAUGUAUAAAUGAGUUGAUAUUUUGGAGAUGUAAGGCUUUUCAUCCCUUGAUUUAUUACUUUGAACUGCACUUCUAUUGCUUCUCCUCUUUUUAUCAGCCAGAAACAGAAAAAAGAUGAUGACAGGGAACAAGAUAAAGAGCAAGUGGCCUUUAAUUUUGGACUUGCUAGCUCACCUCCUCACUGUUUGAAUGAUUGCUAAUCCCAUUGGAGGACCGGAGCUUUUAAAAAGCCGAUUUAAAUGAUUGGGGUUUUUGGUUUGUACGGCUGUAAACGUGUUUGUGAGCACUUGCUGUGGCGGUCCGGUAAUUCCCCAGGACAAGACUCAACCUGGCUAAUGUUUCAGAGCUCCAGUUCAGCAGCAGGAGCCCCAGGGCAGAUCAGCACAGGAUGAGGUCGCCUCGAAAAAACAGUUCGCCGAAAGGUCAGCGGCGGGUUUUUAUCCUUAUUCAUAAUGCCUCUCCCUGCGGAGCCCUCACAAAAAAGCAAUGUGAAAAAUUUCAAACAAGCUCCACAAGCAGAUCAGUGGUUUUACAAUGCCGCGUAUGAGGAACAACUGAUUCCUGCUGGUUAAAACAAGCCCAGCUGUGAGGCCUCGGUCUGCUUCCCAGCUUAAAAUAUUUUUUUCAUUGUUGGAAAUAAUUGGAUACAGAACAUAGUGUCGAUGAGUCAUGUUUUCACCAUUUCAGAUGUUGUAUUUUUUUAAAUCACAGACCACCUGUGUACCAAAUCAUCAAUGUUGCUUUUUUAACCUCAUUUCAGAAAUACAUAUGAUUGAUCAUAUGUAUUUAUUUUACGCCUGUUCUCCUUGUUUUAACCGCCAUGCAGAUUCAAUCGGUUGCUUUAAUCUUCAACAGCAUGGUGCAAACAACUGAAGUGAAUUCAAAGUCAAAAUAUAUGUUGUGUAAGUCAUGACUAUAGACGGUAUACAGUGUAUUUACAGUAGAUGGACGACACGUCUCCAUUUCCUCCCACUGUACAAAAGAGAAGCCAAAAUAUCAUAUCUUACUGAACAAUUUCACAUGUUCCUGACAUGUACUUUGACUUUUUAUUUUGGCCCAUUUCCCAUCCACUAACAUGGAGGGGGCGGGAUUUAUGACCUAUAUUGCAGCCAGCCACCAGGGGGCGAUCAAGAUGUUUUGGCUUCACUUUUGGGGAGCUGUCAUGUUGUCCAUCUUUAUAUACAUCUUUAUAUAAAGUCUAUGGUCAUGACCCAACACAAAGGUAUUUUUCUGUUUUUAUGUAGAAUCACAAGACGAUUCUAAUAAUGUAAUUAUCUGAUAUUUACAUUUGGAACCAGAGUUUACAAGUAAAUAAAAUGUAGAUGUGGUUUUCAGAGAGGCUCUGACAUUUGAAGAAAAGUGAAAUCAUACAUUUUUCACAAUUGCUCGGAUAUGUUUAUGCACGCUGGUCUGCUUUGGGGCUCCAAUGAAAGUCCUCAUUUCAUGAGUCGAAGCUGAACUCUUUCCUUGAACCACUUGGUGAGCGUCUGUAUCAGAGUUUUUCAUUGAACUUUAUUUUUUCUUUCAGGACAGAAUAUUGAAAUACCAUUUUAGCAAUUUAACAGGAAAAUCUAAUGGGAGAUUAAAAAGAAAAAAAACUGAAAUGUGAAAUGAGACUACUUUGUUCAUAUCUGAACUUCUUAUUUAUGAGAGUUUCCUAAAGGCUCAAUCUUGAACUGUAUCCAUUUUGAGGUGUUUUAUUGACAUUGUAAAUAAAUACACAACAUUUGAUAAGGUAUAAUUUUUUUAAGUAUGAAAUUUUAUAUUUUGUAUUUUUAGCAUACUAACUUAAUUUCCUAAUUCCAUCUUUGUUGCCCAGAUUUUUGUAUCAUUUAAGUCUAUCUACAGCCUUAAAUAUUCUUUCAGAUGUUUUGGUGAAUUGACAAGAUUGUGCAGAAUAAAGAUAGAUGUUCAACAA